UAAAUUUUGAGGUACAGAUGUUUAGCAUAUAAUACAUCUUUUUCAUACUUUUCUGAUAUUCUGUUUCCAUCUGUUUUGCUCCUUCUCUUCCAAAAGAUCUAUUCUAAUUGGCGUAAAGGAUAAGUAUUCUAGUUUGACUCCUUUGCAAAAAGUGUUGGCUGCCAUUUUGAUGAAUACUGUAGUGUGUACUUAGUAUUAAAAUAAAGCAGAACAUCUGUCUGGCAUUGUUGCCGCAUUUCCCAAAUUCAAAGAGCUUUAUUUCCAGGAAAAUGCAAUAAAGCUUGCACCCCCCAGCCUCCAGCCUCCAGGGGUCCCUAUUUGAAGUGUUUUCUUUUAGUUUACCAAAGAAUAUCAGAAUCAAUCAAUAGUGGAUUGUUUCCGACAGAGAGCGUCGAUUUUUCUUCUCCUAGAUUAAGAAUAUGGCAAGUGAUGAUCAGAUCAUCAAGGUUGUCGGGGAUCGGUUUUGUGUCCCUUACACAUUGGAACUCCUUGUCAAGAAGAAAAUACAAUCAUUUUCUAAUGCACAUUAUGAUGUGUUUGAUACUACUGGAAAUGUUCUCCUUCAAGUUGAUGGCGGUGUCUGGAACUUCCACAAGAGAAGGAUUAUGAAAGAUCCUGCUGGUUUGCCUGUCAUCACUCUCCGCGAAAAGGCAUUAUCCUGGAAACAACAAUGGCUAAUUCAUCAAGGUGAAAGCUCAGAACGAAACCAUUUUCUCUGCAGCGUGAAGCGAUCCAAUGCUCUCCAGAUCAAAAACAAUCUUGAUGUUUACUUAGCAAGCAGCUACAAGGGAGAUGGCCGAGAUUUUCGUGUAACAGGAAGUUAUACUUCCCUUUCAUUCAAAGUUCGGAAAGGCAAUUCAAUCAUUGCAGAGGUUAGCCACAAUUUCACAUGGGGAAGCUGCAAGGGCAAAGAAAGUUUCAAGGUAAAAGUGUAUCCAGAGGUGGAUUAUGCCUUCAUUGUAGCUUUGAUAGUAAUUAUGCAUGAGAAUGACAAUGCAUAAUCUUCAAUCUAAAGUUUUUUUUUUCUUCGAAUGUUUUAUGAUUUCUCUUUUGCUGUAGUGUGUCCUAGCACACUUCCGCUGCACAUAUACCUCCCAAAGGGAAAUCAACCCUGAAUUGAAGUGUAUAAUAUUCCUUACCAAUUGCACAA